AUGUGCGGCAAUAACAUGUCAGCCCUGCUGCCCACCAUCAUGCCCGCCACCCGCAAGGCCACCGCAGCGGUUAUUUUUCUUCACGGAUUGGGGGACACAGGGCAUGGAUGGGCAGAAGCCUUUGCAGGUAUCAGAAGUUCACAUAUCAAAUAUAUCUGCCCACAUGUGCCAGUUAUGCCUGUAACAUUAAAUAUGAAUAUGACUAUGCCUUCUUGGUUUGAUAUUAUUGGGCUUUCACCUGGUUCACAGGAAGAUGAACCUGGAAUCAAGCAGGCAGCAGAAAAUGUCAAAUCUUUGAUAGACCAAGAAGUGAAGAAUGGAAUUCCUUCUAACAGGAUUAUUUUGGGAGGAUUUUCACAGGGUCCUAUCACUGGCGCUAAUAAAGACAUAUCUAUCCUCCAGUGCCACGGAGAUUGUGACCCCUUAGUCCCCCUAAUGUUUGGUUCCCUUACUACUGAAAAGCUAAAAACUUUGGUAAAUCCAGCCAAUGUAGCUUUCAAAAUCUAUGGGGGCUUGAUGCAUAGUUUAUGUCACCAGGAAAUGAAGGCUAUCAAGCAAUUCAUUGAUAAAGUCCUACCAUCAGUUGAUUGA